AUGCCAGCGCAGCAGAAGAAGCUGCUCUUCAGCACCGCCGGGGUGCUGAGCUUGGCCUGCGCGCUGGGCACGGCGGCGGCCGUGGGCUCGCAGCUCUGGGUGCGGGGCUCCAUCCUCUGCUCCACCGGAGCUCUGCUCGUCAACGCCAGCGGCCCCGAGCUGCGCAAGUUCAUCGGAGACAUCCAGUACGGGCUCUUCUCCGGGCAGCGAGUGCGGCAGUGCGGGCUCGGGGGGAGACCCCUGCAGUUCUCAUUUUUUCCAGAUUUGCUCAGAAUUAUCCCUGCAAGUAUCCACGUUAGUGUCAUUCUCUUCUGCACAGUGCUGAUUGUCUUUGCCCUGGUGGGAGCAGGGUUCUUCAUGUUCAAUGCUUUUGGCAGCCCCUACGAGACUCUGCACGGCCCCGUGGGGCUCUACCUCUGGAGCUUCAUCUCCUGGAUUGCUGAGGUGAUGAGCAUCUCCCCCUCCCUUUCAGGUUCCUGUGGUUGCCUCAUCAUGAUUCUCUUCUCCUCAGAGGUGAAGAUCCACCACCUUUCAGAGAAAAUUGCUAAUUUCAAAGGGGGAACUUUUACAUUCAAGACUCACAGUGAGCAGUUUGCAAAUUCCUUCUGGACCAUCCUGGUUUGCUCCCUGGUGCACUUCCUCAACACCCUGCUAAUCCGAUUCGCUGGAUUUAAAUUUCCCUUUUCAAAAUCAAAAGACUCAGGGACAAUCACAGGAGCAGUUGACCUGAUGUAUUAA